CUGAAGCAGCCAUAAUAUGAAGUUUAGGGAAAAGACUUCGAGUUUGACCCAGACACACUGUCAUACGCUAUAAUCGUCUGGCAUCAAAGAUCCCAGGCUGCUAGUCACACCGGAAAAACGCCAUAUUUCACCAACGACUAUAAAUUUACAGGUAUUCUCAUCGAGAGUCACGCGGGGAACUUUUUCAGAGAAAAAAUGGCCCACUUGAUCGACAGUGAUGUGUUCCUGGCGUUCACCACAUAUGCCACCAUCGUCGUCCUCAAGAUGAUGUUCAUGUCUCCGCUGACAGCAUAUUUUCGCUUUGCCACAAAGUCUUUUGCUAAUUUAGAGGAUGUUGUGGGACUCGCCAAGACUCCAGAAGAGAGAAAGAAAAUGCUUCAGUCAAACCAAGAUGUUGAACGCGUCCGUCGGUGCCAUCAAAAUGACCUGGAGAACAUCAUUCCCUUUGUGCUGAUUGGACUACUCUAUACUCUGACAGGGCCAGAUCUCUCCAUAGCACUGCUGCACUUCCGUGCAUUUGUAUGCUCUCGUCUGUUCCACACAGUGUCCUAUGUACUGGCCCUGCCCCAGCCCAGCAGAGCUCUGUCUUGGAUGGUGGGCAUGGCAGUCACCAUCUCCAUGGCUUACAGGACCCUUGUCACUGUGUUUUAUCUCUAAACGUAGUUCUGCCACAACCAACACUACAUAGAUGUGUCUCUGUGCACCAUGUAAUCUUACCACGGUAAAUGCAGUUUAUACACCUAACAUUUUAAUAUAGCUGUUUGUGUCAUGUGAAUUCUUUGUCUUUUAGUUAUAAAAAACAAUAAAGAAAGAAAAAAGAAAAGUCUCAUUUA